AAUCUUGAACUCUCUCUAAUGAAUUCCUUCUGAUGCUUUCAAAUUAAUUUUCUUGGUAUAUAAUAGUAUGUCCUUAAAUGUAUUUUUCUAUCAUUCCCUUGCUCAGAUACCACCAGUGACUUCCUACUGCUUAUAUCAAGCCUAAAUUCCUCUCUGCUUAUAAAAAUAUUUGAAUAUUCUAAAAGUGAUAUUUUUACCCCUAAAGCAAUAAUUUCUCAGGUGCCUGUUGCAUUCUGCGCCUGAGUUAUGUCUUGAAAAUUUUUUAGUGUGGCAUUUGAGACUUACUUAGCAUUUGAUCCUAAUCACCUUUCCACUCUUAUCCCUAUCAUUUCUGUCUCAUAAAUUCCACUCCAUCUCUGUAUGUGCUAAUUCAUUAAAUUAACCUUGACUUUCUUUUGCCUUCUUUAUUGGUUGUUCCAUUCCUCCACAUAAAAUAUUAUGUGCCCUGUUACUAACCACCCCUUUUUACCCCUUAUUCCUUCACCCCCUAACUAUAUAAAUCUUAUGCGACUUUCUUGGUCCAACUCAUAAACCCUGUGCAGUGACUAUUGUUCUUCUAGCAUAUAUUACCUUAAGAUGUAACUGUGUAAUUCAUUUGUUUGGUCUUGUACUUAUGCCUUCUUUCACCAAUGCAUAAGCUCCUUUUGAGAUUUAGGUCUGAGUGUGACACCUUUCUAUUGCCUUCAUCAGCUGGGCCAGUUCUUUGCACCCAGCAGAAGCCUCAUCAUGAUUGUCGAGUACACCUAGUGUCAGAGCAUGUGCAAGAUGUAACAUUUCCACUUUCUCUUGGUGCCCCAUGACACCAGUUGGUGUCAUACAAGACCCUCUUCAUUUCUACCUUUCUUCAACUGACAGAGACUAAGUUGUUGCCUUCCUUAAAUGGAUAAGAGUCUCCACACAAUAAAAACAGAUGGUAUUGUCAGAUAUAAAUAGGUAAAUAUUAUUUUGUGUGUGUGGGUGAGAGAAAAAAGACAGGAAAAAACUACACUUGUAGCUUUCUUGGCACAAUCUUUUUGCCUUUCAAAUUUGGUUGCUAAGAAAUAACCAUAGAUUCGUCUACUGUGUAUAAAAGAGAAACACAGAGACUCUUGUGUGUUUUACAGCCAAUUUUGUCACUGAGCUAUGACAGAGCCUCACCCGGAUUUAGAAGUCAUGUGUCAGACUUCCAGAUGGGGAGUCUAUCUUUUGUCUCCUGGAAAACCAUUGUUUCCAGAGGGCCCAUGUUUCUCCCCUUUGCUGAGACCAAGUGAAGCUGCAGAAUCCUGCUGAGUUAUGAAGCCCGAAGCCAACCUAAUGUGCAGGAAUGACCUGUCACAUUUUUUGGAAUGUAGGCAUUCUAUUUGAUUCAUAUUAGUUAUUUGUGGGUUAUCUUAGAAGAAGCUUACUCUGUCACUUCAGAGUGCCCAGAGCUGCACCAACUUAUUCUGAAUGCCACGGCGGAGCUAAAUUCGUCUUCUCUGCUGAUGAGGCUCAAAUGGAGUCUUUAGUCUCUGCUAAAGGAUUCAGGAAGCCUUGCACGUCACAUAGAAUUUGGGAUGUGAAUUGAAGGUAAGAAGGUAUGAAGAUUGUAAGAUACUUUUGCAGCUUUUGCUUCCAAGCAAGGAGGUCUAAUUAAAACUUUUGUAUCUGUUAAAUUAAUAUUUACUAGCAGCUUCUACAAGCUAAGCCCUGGGAUGCUAUGAUAAGCAUGAUACAUGUAGACCAGACCUCAGAGAGAAAUAAACCUUUAAUCAAACAAUUACUUAUAGGUUUGUGAUAAAUGUUAUGAAAGGAAGGGAUAGAGAACUACAGGAGUAUGUUGUGAAGUGACCUGUCAUGUCAAGAAGGUGUCCCUUAGGAAAUAACUUUAUUAGUCGUUGAUUCAGGGCAUCAAUGACUUAAACGACUGCCUUGUUUUGGCCUUGAAAGCAAGCUUGACCUUUUAAGUGAACUAUCUGGCACUGUUUGAAAUUGCAACCGCCAGCUGAAAUAAGAAUUCGCUCUCCUUAUGAGACUUUUCUUAUACAGCAUCAUGUUAUAUGUAUAAUAAAUUCAUAUUUGGCCUUUGCCCCCAUGUCACAUCACAGAGCCCCAUUCCUGAUAAGAGUGUCCUUUGUUAUUCAUAGUGAGCCCCUGUUAACCAUACCUAAGUUUUGUUUUAAUGUGGUAACUCAUUGUAGGCACCUGGGUAGCCUCAGGAUGGGGGCUGGUCACCAGAGGAUCCAACCAUGUGAUUCCAGCAUUGGAACUUUUACACCCACCAUCAACGUCUGGAAAGGGGAGAGGGACUGGAGAUUUUCAAUCACUAACGGCCAAUGUUAUUUAAUCAAUGAUGCCUACAUAAUGAAGUUUUCAUAAAAACCCCUAAACAAUGGGGUUCAGGUAACUUCCAGGUUGGUGAACACAUCAAAGUGUUGGGAGGGUGCUGAGGUUGGAAAGAGCAGAGAAGCUCCAUCCUCCCACUGCCCUCAAAUACCUUGCCUUUUGCAUCUCUUCCAUUUGGCUGUUCCUGAGUUGUAUCCUUUAUAAUAAAUCAAUAAUGGUGAGUAAGGUGUUUUCCUGAGUUCUGUGAGUUAUUCUAGUAAAUUAUCAAAUUUGAAGAGAACGUUAUGGGAACCCCCAAAUUUAUAGUCAAGUCAAACAGAAGUACAGGUAGUCUGGAUUCCUGGGACUUGUGAUUGAGUUUGAAGCAAACGCAGUCUUGUAGAAUGGAGCCCUUUAAACCUGUGGAGUCUGAUGCUAACUCUGAGUAGUUUAUGUCAGAAUAGGAUUGAAUUUUAGGACACCCAGUUGGUGUUACAGGGAGUGAUAUCAGAAAAAAAGACAUCUCACUCUGCAUUUACCCUAAAUGUAAACCAGACGUUCUCCCUCUCCAGCUGAAGAGCAAAUGGCAACCAGUGAUUUUGACUACCAGCAACCAUUAACCAAGUCACAAAUGUGAAGCAUUAAUUUAACACCAAGGUGAGCAGUUCGACCCCACAUAUCCAGAGACUAUGGAAGUAACAAGGCAAUCAUGCAAAAAUGGGUUUAUUACGAAAGUCUCAGGGAUACGUGGAUGGAUGGAUGGAUUGAUCUGUUUGUUUCACAUAGGCACCCAGAACUUUUCAAAUUGAGACUAAUUGCAGAGGUUCCAGUUGACCAGCAUUCAUAGGAAUGAAGACAAACACAGAGAUGGUGUGUCUAAGAAACUUCAAAAGGUGUAGACCUCCUGACUGAAGCAUAUUGAUUUAUUUAAUUUUUUUCAUUAUAUUUCUGUCCUCCUACAAGGGAAAGUCAUGAUUACACUAACUGAGCUAAAAUGCUUAGCAGAUGCCCAGUCAUCUUAUCACAUCUUAAAACCAUGGUGGGACGUCUUCUGGUAUUACAUCACACUGAUCAUGCUGCUGGUGGCCGUGCUGGCCGGAGCUCUCCAGCUGACGCAGAGCAGGGUUCUGUGCUGUCUUCCAUGCAAAGUGGAAUUUGACAAUCACUGUGCCGUGCCUUGGGACAUCCUGAAAGCCAGCAUGAACACAUCCUCUAAUCCUGGGACACCGCUUCCACUCCCCCUCCGAAUCCAGAAUGACCUCCACCGACAGCAGUACUCCUAUAUCGAUGCCGUCUGUUACGAGAAACAGCUCCAUUGGUUUGCAAAGUUUUUCCCCUACCUGGUGCUCUUGCACACGCUCAUCUUUGCAGCCUGUAGCAACUUUUGGCUUCACUACCCCAGUACCAGUUCCAGGCUCGAGCAUUUUGUGGCCAUCCUUCACAAAUGCUUCGAUUCUCCAUGGACCACCCGCGCCCUGUCAGAAACAGUGGCCGAGCAGUCAGUGAGGCCUCUGAAACUCUCCAAGUCCAAGAUUUUGCUUUCGUCCUCAGGGUGUUCAGCUGACAUAGAUUCUAGCAAACAGUCAUUGCCCUACCCGCAGCCAGGUUUGGAGUCAGCUGGCAUAGAAAGCCCAACUUCCAGUGUCCUGGACAAGAAGGAGGGUGAACAGGCCAAAGCCAUCUUUGAAAAAGUGAGAAGAUUCCGCAUGCACGUGGAGCAGAAGGACAUCAUUUAUAGAGUAUAUCUGAAACAGAUAAUAGUCAAAGUCAUUUUGUUUGUGCUCAUCAUAACUUAUGUUCCAUAUUUUUUAACCUACAUCACUCUUGAAAUCGACUGUUCAGUUGAUGUGCAGGCUUUUACAGGAUACAAGCGCUACCAGUGUGUCUAUUCCUUGGCAGAAAUCUUUAAGGUCCUGGCUUCAUUUUAUGUCAUUUUGGUUAUACUUUACGGUCUGACCUCUUCCUACAGCCUGUGGUGGAUGCUGAGGAGUUCCCUGAAGCAAUAUUCCUUUGAGGCAUUAAGAGAAAAAAGCAACUACAGUGACAUCCCUGAUGUCAAGAAUGACUUUGCCUUCAUCCUUCAUCUGGCUGAUCAGUAUGAUCCUCUUUAUUCCAAACGCUUCUCCAUAUUCCUGUCAGAGGUCAGUGAGAACAAACUGAAACAGAUCAACCUCAAUAAUGAAUGGACAGUUGAGAAACUGAAAAGUAAGCUUGUGAAAAAUGCCCAGGACAAGAUAGAGCUGCAUCUUUUUAUGCUCAAUGGUCUUCCAGACAAUGUCUUUGAGUUAACUGAAAUGGAAGUGCUAAGCCUGGAGCUUAUCCCAGAGGUGAAGCUGCCCUCUGCAGUCUCACAGCUGGUCAACCUCAAGGAGCUUCGUGUGUACCAUUCAUCUCUGGUCGUAGACCAUCCUGCACUGGCCUUUCUAGAGGAGAAUUUAAAAAUCCUCCGCCUGAAAUUUACUGAAAUGGGAAAAAUCCCACGCUGGGUAUUUCACCUCAAGAAUCUCAAGGAACUUUAUCUUUCAGGCUGUGUUCUCCCUGAACAGUUGAGUACUAUGCAGUUGGAGGGCUUUCAGGACUUAAAAAAUCUGAGGACCCUCUACUUGAAGAGCAGCCUCUCCCGGAUCCCACAGGUUGUUACAGACCUCCUGCCUUCACUGCAGAAACUGUCCCUUGAUAAUGAGGGAAGCAAACUGGUUGUGUUGAACAACUUGAAAAAGAUGGUCAAUCUGAAAAGCCUAGAACUGAUCAGCUGUGACCUGGAACGCAUUCCACACUCCAUUUUCAGCCUGAAUAAUUUGCAUGAGUUAGACCUAAGGGAAAACAACCUUAAAACUGUGGAAGAGAUCAUUAGCUUUCAGCAUCUUCAGAAUCUUUCCUGCUUAAAGUUAUGGCACAAUAACAUUGCUUAUAUUCCUGCACAGAUUGGGGCAUUAUCUAACCUCGAGCAGCUCUCUUUGGACCAUAAUAAUAUUGAGAAUCUGCCCUUGCAGCUUUUCCUAUGCACCAAACUACAUUAUUUGGAUCUAAGCUAUAACCACUUGACCUUCAUUCCAGAAGAAAUCCAGUAUCUGAGCAAUUUGCAGUACUUUGCUGUGACCAACAACAAUAUUGAGAUGCUACCAGAUGGGCUGUUUCAGUGCAAAAAGCUGCAAUGUUUACUUUUGGGGAAAAAUAGCUUGAUGAAUUUGUCCCCUCACGUGGGUGAGCUGUCCAACCUUACUCAUCUGGAGCUCAUUGGUAAUUACCUGGAAACACUUCCUCCUGAACUGGAAGGAUGUCAGUCCCUAAAACGGAGCUGUCUGAUUGUUGAGGAGAACUUGCUCAAUACUCUUCCUCUUCCUGUAACAGAACGUUUACAGACGUGCUUAGACAAAUGUUGACUUAAAGAAAAGAGAUCCAUGUUUCAAAAUCAUUUUUAAAAGUAUGCUCGGCUGGGCGUGGUGGCUCACGCCUAUAAUCCCAGCACUUUGGGAGGCCAAGAUGGGCAGAUUGCUUGAGGACAGGAGUUUGAGACCAGUCUGGCCAACCUGGUGAAACCCCAUCUCUGCUAAAAAUACAAAAAAAAUUAGCCGGGCAUGGUGGCAUGCACCUGUAAUCCCAGCUACUUGGGAGGCUGAGGCAGGGGAAUUGCUUGAACCAGGGAGGUGGAGGUUGCAGUGAGCCAAGAUUGUGCCACUGUACACCAGCCUGGGUAACAGAGCAAGACUCUGUCUCAAAAAAAAUAAAUAAAUAAAAAUAAAAUAAUGCUCCAGGGCUUUAAAUGAGAAGUAUAAUUUUCUAAGUUAAUAGAGAUGAAGAAUGGGUGACUAUUAUGAUGAACCAUAACUAAAUGUCUUAUUAAAGCAACUCAGUGUCUAGCCCUAAAUUAACCAGGUAAAAACUGUUAACACUAACCUGAAGUUUGUGAAUAAUUGUUCUUUAACUUAUUGAGAUGUUGCAAGAAAUGCACAUCGAGGGUGGACUGGGAGCUAUGAAAUGACUGAAUUCCUCCUUGCAGUGUUUGCCUUCAAGAUUGUAUAGGUGUUCUCUCCUCUUCUUCCCCCAGUCCCCAUUACUUAUUUGCACACUUGUUUUAACUGACUUCCUGUUUUGAUAUUUAUCACCAAGAACAUAAACUCAUCAAUAUGAAUUGUCUUGAUGUAUACUCACCACUGUCUUUGAUUUAUGUUCCUAAAUUUUUUUAGAUGGGGUGUAUUGUGCUUGGCAGAAUUCGUUUUUGGCUUAAUUUUUACUUCCUUUCCCAGCUUGCUUGAGUCUUCCUUAACCUGGUUUUCUCAACACCAAUGAUGACCCUGAGAAAAUGCCUGCAUUUGGCCUUUGCCUAGAACAGGAGCUGAGUAUUUAAGAUGUAUUAUCCCUGGGGCAUCCUGAAAAUUAAUGUAUUCCCCAAAAUUUCUUCUUGUCUAUCAUCAAGGCCUUUUUUUAUUUGUUAAGAAUUUUUAUAUUAAAUGUAAAACAUAUAAAUAUUUUCUAUUGUAUAAUCUUGGAUUCAAAAUCUGUGAGGAUUGUUUUUGUAAGAUACAUAGAAUUUAUGCAUUUCUUUAUGAACUUACUGUUAGUGUAGUUGGUUUUGGCUGUUUAUGACUCUGAUGUUUGUGUACAUUCUGCUCCAAAAUGUUUUUGUACUCUGCAACUAAUUACUUUUGGAUAACAAAAGCCUUGUGUUUAAUGCCCUAAAGUAUUUGGGGGUUUCCUUGUGAGAGAGUGGCCGAAUCAUCUACCUCUCUCUUCCCUAGUCGCUGUGCAAUCGUACGGGUACAAUUCUUAAUUACUUACAAAAACUGUGAUAGAGGGGAGAGGUACAGAUUUGGUUUUGAAAUUAAUUUUAAAAUAUAGAAAUUUAGUAAGAGUUAAAGCAAAAGACUUUUUUUCCCCUCCAUCUGCGUAAUCUCUAGCUGUGAUUAUAAUGUAAAACAGCCUCUAUUCAGUGUCUAAAAUGAGUUCUCAAAACCCACAAAGAAAUAGAUCCAUUUAACUGAAAUUCAUCUCAUGCCUUUAUCUAACUUUUCUGGAAAAUACAUUUUGCUCCUUUUUAUAAAGAGCUUUGUGUUUGGCCUUUUAUUAUGCAUAUUUUUUAAUGAAUAAAAUCAACUGACUCAUUUUUGGGAAA